UCUUGCGUUCACCUCGAAGCUUACCGAGUAAGAGAAGGUUGUGCCUCUCCUCAGGGUAAACCUGUUAACUUUAGGAAUAAUGGGCUGUGACAAGAAACAUGUCUUCAUUGCUGGAGUGGUUAUUGGCGCAUUGUUGCUAAUAUUAGGAGGUAUCCUAAUACCAGUUGGGGACAAGAUUAUUCAGGAUACUAUAACGAAGGACGGUGUUAUUGAAGAAGGUACCCUUGCCUAUGAGAACUGGAUACAAACAGGAAGUACUGUCUACAGGCAGUUUUGGCUCUUCAAUGUAUUAAAUCCAAUGGAUAUUAUUGAUUCAGGUGCUAAACCUCAACUCGAGCAGAGAGGACCCUACACCUACAGGGUUCGUUAUCUCAGAAAGAACAACAUUACCGUGAAUGACAAUUACACAAUAUCGUACCUGCAGCCCCAGUCAGCUAUCUUUGAACCCACCAUGUCAGUUGGCUCAGAAGAGGACAGUAUCACAGCUCUCAACCUUGCUGCUGCAUCUGCACCAUCUCUUUACCCCCCAAUUCUUCAUGGCAUAGUCAAUGGCAUCAUUAAAAAGGCAGGUGCCUCAUUGUUCCAGAAUAGAACAGUGAAGGAAAUACUUUGGGGCUACGAAGAUCCAAUACUGGUUGCAGCAAGUUCAGAAGAUAUCAUUACAGGAGUAUUUUACCCAUACAAUGGAACAGCAGAUGGAUUUUAUAACGUGUUCAAUGGAAAAGACGACAUUGACAAAGUUGCUCUAAUUGACCGUUGGAGGAACGAAAAAAAUCUCCCCUUCUGGAACGAUGCUUACUGUGACAUGAUCAAUGGGACAGAUGGAAGCUCGUUCCCACCUUUUAUCGACAAGAAAGACUUAUAUUUCUUUUCUUCUGAUAUUUGCAGGUCUAUCUUUGCAAAGUAUGAAGGAACACAAAAGCUGAAGGGAAUUCCUGUCCAGCGUUUUGCAGUUCCUCCUGAAGCUCUCGCUUCUCCAAGAGAAAAUCCUGACAACCACUGCUUCUGCAAGGAAGAUAUUGUUUCGCAAAAUUGCACUCUUGGUGGUUUCUUGGAUAUCAGUGCCUGUCAUGAUGGGAAACCCGUUUAUAUCUCACUCCCUCACUUCCUGUAUGCAAGUCCUGAAAUACAGAAAUCUAUGCAGGGCCUGAAUCCGAAAAAGGCAAUACAUGAGACCUUUAUGGAUGUGGAACCUACCACAGGAUUUACCUUGAGAGUUGCAAAGCGGCUACAAAUCAACAUAAUGUUUAAGCCAUCAACCAAAAUUAAAAUACUGUCAAAUAUCAAGGAGCCACUCAUUUUUCCAGUCCUAUGGCUCAAUGAGACAGCAACAGUUGAUGAUGAAACUGCCCAGUUGUUCAGAGAUUCUUUAUUGGUGCCCGUGACAGCCCUUGGUAUUGUUCAGUUAACCUUGAUAUGCUCUGGAAGCCUACUUGUUCUAGUAUGUGCAGUCGGCCUUUGCGUGACUUCAGAAGACGAAAGAAAAGGAAAACCCUUACAUUUGAUGUAGUGCCUUACCACCUCAUCAAAACAACUCAAGUGUAUGAGUCGGUAGAUCAUUGUUUGGAUGAUGUUUCCUCAUGUGACUAAUUUGUGAUAUCUCUUUGUGUGAUUCCUUUAUAAGGAAUACUUAUACAAUUCCUUUUUAAAUGUUGUGGUCCGAGCCUCUGUAGCCAGUUAUAUCCAAUGUUCUAACCAGAAGCACGGCAGUCAGUAAUUCUGAUGUGGCUAUUUUGAACUAUUUGGUGAUAUAAAUAUUAAUAGUGAUAUAUAGUGUGAAACACCAGUAACUAUCCUUCUUGGGGGUGAGUUAAGGGUGGUCACCUUGGAGCUGAACUGGGUCCAUGGUGACAUGAUUGGCAACUGAAUGUCAGAAUCAGUAGUUCAGUUCCUGAGCCAGGUGGGUCCUGAGCCAGUGGCCCUGCUGAUGACAGCACAGCCAGCCUGGUUCAUCAGCAGUAUCUGGAAGCACAGCCUAGCCGCUGGGGGCAGGGAGUCAUCCCACUCAGCUCCUGUUAACCCUGCAAGCCAAAGCCCUAACAGGUAUGGGCACCAAGCUGGACAAGCAGCGGGAAAGCUUGCCAUGCCAGUCAGUGCUUUAAUCAGAAACUAUGGGGUUUUAGCUGGUUAGACUCAAGAAGUACCCCAAUGCAUACGCUGGGGUCCUCAAACCUUGAUUCUUGCCAACCUGCGCCUAAUACUCUCCCGGAAUUAGGUAAGCAGGAAUGGGUACCUCCAGGGAGAGAUGGCCUCCAAUAAAUGUCUCUGGAAUUUCCAUGUGUAGUGGGAUGCAUAGAACUCAGUUUGGUUUGGAGAAUCUAAAGCAUGGUGAUGAGUUUCUGCACGUUUCAGACACCCGGCUGCCCACUAAAAGUGUGAAACACUAAAUGAUCAGUAGGUGACAAUGUGGUUCCCGAGAAUCACUUCGGGAGUCUACCAUAUUAAUCCCUAGUUUGGAGACAUUGACAGUUGUUUUGGCCAUGAUGUCUUUUACUGAAAGACGGACAGUCAUAAGAGACAGUGUAGAAAAGACACGUUAGGAAAAUAACUCUAACCUUGGCAGAGAAGGCUCGAUGGACUGGCUGAUCUAAAUCCUCUUUCCUAUUCCUAUCAAUAUUCUUUUUACCAAUCUUGCUGUAUUGCCAUGAGAACAGAGGAAAACAAACAAACCGUGAUUUAAUUUUUAACCAGUGGCAUGAUCUGAAAUUAUUAACACAUUGGUUCUAUCAUUAAGUCAACAGUUUAAUACACCCAUUAAUGUGAUUAUACCAUCCUAUGUUUCUCUUUUAUAAUAAAGAGUAAAUGUUAGCAUUUGCUGAAUGUUUGGAUGGAAGCAUUGUUAAAUAAGGAAUAUUCUGUGAGAUGCAUUGCACUUUUGCUGAAUAAAAGCACUUUUAAAAGUUG